AUGCCGAAAUCCAAAAGGAAUAGCUCAAGGUCCUUGGCGGACCAAGUUCAACAAAAGAGGGCACGCUCUGACCAAUGCACGCCGCCUAAUCAAGAUGACGACGAGCUGAUAAGACCUCAACCUACAACUAGUAUUGGGCUACAGACGCAAAACACCACAGGAGCAGCUCCGGAAAUACCAGAUUUUACAACCAGUCAUUGUUGCCAAGACAACACACAGCCACCUCUCAAAGAAAAUUUAUGGGAACUGGCAGCUACUCCAAUUAACUUGGAUGUACUUGAAGGAAAAAUUGAGAAAUACCCUAACACAUAUGACAAGGCUUUUAUAUUAGAUGGUUUUAAGAAUGGCUUUAAACUAAAUUAUACAGGUCCCAGAUUUUCUAUUCAUUCUUCUAAUCUUUUGUCAGCUCAAACAAAUGCGGAAAAUUUAAAUUCUAAACUGGAAGAAGAUGCCUCUCUUGGCAGAAUUAUAGGUCCAUUUUCAUCACCACCAAUGUCAAACCUUCGGAUAAAUCCCGUCGGUUUAGUUCCAAAGAACACUGGCGGUUUAUGUUUGAUAACUAAUCUAUCCUUUCCUCCAGGCUUUAGUGUUAACGAUUAUAUAGACCCUCAAUAUAGUCAUGUUAAGUAUUCGUCUUUUGAUAACGCGGUAAAGAUGGUACAAACAAUUGGGAAAUCAGCAUUUAUGGCUAAAGCUGACAUAUCAUCAGCAUUUAAUUUAUGCCCCAUUUGGCUCGGAGACUUUGAUCUUUUAGGCAUUAAAUCAUGUGAGGGCUAUUGGGUCCAGAAAACUCUACCCCAAGGGGCGUCUUGCUCUUGCUUCAUAUUCGAAAAAUUUUCGACCUUUCUUCAAUGGUUAGUAAGUUACGAAGCAAACUGCAACAAUUUUGACCACCUUCUAGACGACAUUUUUAUGGUUAAUUCCAAUUACACUAGUUGUAAAUGUCUUAUGCAGUCUUUUGAAAGCGUGUGCAGCGCUUUGAAUGUUCCAUUAAGUGAAGAUAAAUGGGUCGGCCCUGUACAAAUCAUCACAUUUUUAGGACUAGAAAUUGAUGCAGUGAAUCAAAUGGUAAGAGUCCCAAGGGACAAAGUUCUUAAAGCGAAAUCUGCACUUCUGGAAUUAGUCUCUUGCUCAAAAAUCAAGUUGCGGCAACUUCAGUCAACAGUUGGUUUACUGAAUUUUAUUGCGAAAGCCAUCCCUGCAGGAAGGUCAUUUAAUCGUAGGUUUUAUGACAAAAUGGCUCAAGCUAAAAAACCGCAUCAUUUCAUUCGGGUAACUAGGGAUAUGAUUGACGAUGCUAAAGUAUGGAUGCGAUUUUUAGAUGAUUUUAAUGGAACGUGUCUAUUCAAUGAUUCAGAGUGGGUGGAAGAUCAGUAUUUAGAGCUUUAUACCGAUUCUUCGGGUAACAAAAGCUUAGGUUGUGGGUGUUACCUCAAAGGUUUUUGGACCGUAUUUAAAUGGCCACCACACUGGCCGGAAGUAGUUUUUAAGGAUAUAACGUACCUAGAACUCAUUCCGAUACUAUUGGCAUUUUACACAUGGGGAGAAUUUUUGACAAAUAAGAAAAUUGUACUAAGAUCUGACAAUCUUGCGCUAGUAGAAAUUUUGAAUAAAAAAUCUGCUAAGAAUAAAGAAGUUAUGACACUCAUACGACAUUUAAUGCUACUCAUUCUUGAGAAAAAUAUUCAGGUUAAAGCAAAACAUGUAUGCGGGAAAAAGAAUGAGAUUUGUGAUGCUAUUAGUCGGUUUCAGUGGCAAAGACUUCACACAGUGCUACCAAGCGGCGCACAAAGACUGCCAUCUGUGAUACCGGAGUCCUUUCUACAGAUUUUCAACCUGAAAUAG